GAAAGGUACUGGGGUGAUGACUGGGAAGGUACUGGGGUUACUUUGGGGGCGAUAAGCGGGGAGGUACUGGUGAGGUGAUGGCUCGGGAGGUGAUGGCGAGGUGAUGGCUGGAGCUGGUGGGGUGACAGUUACAAAACAGUGACAAAGAAACACUUGACAUGGGAAGGAAAAUACGUGGAGGUGCAGCGUAACAGAAAACGCGACUAAGAAAGGAAAUAAAAGGGAUACGUGAAUAAAGAUAACCGGAACUCAUUCCUUUAACAUAUAAAAAAGAAAAACACGUUACUUAAAGAAAAAACAGAACUCACUCCAUUAAUGUAAUAAAGAAGAAAAACACGUUACUUAAAGAAAAGAAAACAGAACUCACUCCAUUAAUGUAAUAAAGAAGAAAAACAUGUUACUUAAAGAAAAGAAAACAGAACUCACUCCAUUAAUGUAAUAAAGAAGAAAAACACGUUACUUAAAGAAGAGAAAACAGAACUCACUCCAUUAAUGUAAUAAAGAAAAACACGUUACUUAAAGAACAGAAAACAGAACUCACUCCAUUAAUGGCCCUUCCAAAACGUCACUGGAGGCACUGCAGGACCUAUGCAAGCAAGUGUCAGCAGGGUCUUCAAGUGUGUGUGUGCACCGUGUUGAGUGAUAAGUCGGUGCAGGAAAUCAAGAUGCCUCCAACACACCUUGAUCAAAGGAGAACUGCACACCAGUUCUUCAGGAUUAAAAAUUUCUUAAGGGUUAUUGGGGCCAUUGAUGGCAGCCACAUUGCCAUGAAGGGCCAAAGUGUGGAUGAGGCCCUCUACUUGAACUGGAAAAGGUAUCACUCCCUCUGAACAUCCAACUUGUUUGUGAUGCAAGUGGAGUGAUCCUCAGCUACUGCUCCAGAUUGCCAGGUGCCUGCACUCUUGUGGAGGUGGCUUGCAGUACAGAACCAUCAAGUGUGUCAAAAUAAUUAAUGCUUGCCUGCUCCUACACAACUGCUGCAUCAAGUUCCUGAUGACCUACCACCUCUUGAGGAUGAAGCAGUGCCCCAUGCCGAUACCAACCCUGCCGUGCUGUAGAGGGAUCAUUGUGCUCCAGGCAGAAUUGUGUAGCAAGAAAUCAUACAAAACUUCUUCCACCAAUGCAGUAAGGAAGUGAGAUUGUCAAAGUGCCUGGGACAUGUUUUGUACAGCCAGCUGCACCAUCACCAGCUCGUCCAAGCUCAGACUAAUCUGCUGUUGGGUUUCCUGUGCUUGAGAGAGAACUUCUGAUGCAGAUGACACAGCAUUGUCAAAUCCAGAGGCCCCUGUGGACCCAGCAACACCAGCAGAAGAGGGUUGGAUGGCUCCAACACUACUGCUGGUUGUGGUCUACUACUACGGCUGUGGUCCUUCUAGAGGCCCUGACACUUCUGAAAAAAAAAAAAAAAAAAAAACUGCUGUCAUUACUGCAGGGUAUGGCAGUCCUGCAAAUGCUGUGUGAGGCAACAUCCACAGCAUGACCAACUCCACAGCAGUGUGUGUUGUCUCAUCUGGAGGCCCCCACCUGCAUGGAUAUGAAUGUUGCAAUUAUCACCCACUUAGAAGUUCACAUGUAAAGCCAAAUCAACUUGGUGUAUCAUGAAUGCAUUAGAGCACAAUAAUGUUAUCUAGCACUGCAGUGGUCACUGUCUCAGACCUGACUGCCAGAGGUACUGUACAUACUCCUAUUUAUAAUCCAUUGCUUAGUUGGUUCUUGAUUAUGUUUAUUGACUAUAUGAGUAAAUUUUGUAACAGCACCAAUAAUUAAAUACAUAUACACAAGAACAAACUUCUUUUUAUACAACUGCAGGGGUUUUAAGCACUGCUAACAAUCACCUAACCUAACUAAUCUAAACAUAACUUAACCCUCCUUCCUCAACAAAGUAAAAUCAAUAUUCAAGAAAUAAAAUUUAAUACAGCAGUUUGUGUCCCAAAGGCUGACCAGAAAGAAACAUU